GUCCUUUUAUGCGGAGUAUUCUAGGAAACAAUAUGAUACCUCUUCCUUCCAUUUACUCCUCUUUAACCCCUAGGUUUUGAAACCAUCAAAGUAUCUUCCAUUAACAAAAAUUCAUGCACACACAAUAACCUCAAAAUAUAGUUAUCUUUGAUUUCUAGGAAAUCAAAGAUAGGGUUUUAUGCGGAGUAUUCUAGGAAACAAUGAUACCUAUUCCUUCUAUUUAGUCCUCUUUCAACCCCUUGGUUUUGAAACCAUCAAAGUAUCUUCCAUAUAACACAAUAACCUCAAACUAUUAUCAUGGCCACAAUCACAAGUCAUGCUCCAAUUUAUGACAAAAAGAGUGAACUAAAGGAGUUUGAUGAGUCAAAGGUUGGUGUCCAAGGACUUGUAGAAAAUGGAGUAACAAAAGUUCCACACAUGUUCUAUUGUGAACAAUCUAGUAUCAAUGAUGUUUCAGUGAAUGAAUCAAAUUCAAAGCUAAGUAUCCCUACAAUUGACUUAAAAGGAAUCCAUGAUGAUCCUGCUUUGAGAGAUGAAGUUGUGAGACAACUUGAAAAUGCAUGUGAGAAAUGGGGAUUCUUUCAAGUAAUAAAUCAUGGAAUUCCAGUUCAUGUUUUGGAUGAGAUGAUCAAAGGAACUUGUAGAUUUCAUCAACAGGAUCCUAAGGUGAGGAAAGAGUAUUACACCCGUGAUCUCACUAAAAAAGUUGUUUAUCUUUCCAAUUUUACUCUUUCCGAAGAUCAAUCUGCUGAGUGGAGGGACACACUUGCAUUUUUCUGGGCACCUCACCCUCCCAAUGUUGAUGAACUACCACCAGUUUGCAGUGAUAUUGUGAAUGAAUACACAAAAGAAGUAACGGCACUUGGAUCUUCUUUGUAUGAGUUAUUGUCAGAGUCACUUGGCCUUAAUCGCUUUCACCUUAAAGAAAUGGGUGCUGCUGAAAGUUUUUUCCAUCUAUGUCAUUAUUAUCCACCAUGCCCUGAGCCAGAGUUAACCAUUGGCACUGUCAAGCACUCAGAUGCUAGCUUUAUUACAAUAGUUUUGCAAGAUCAUAUUGGUGGCUUAGAAGUUCUUCAUGACAAUCAAUGGAUUGAUGUUUCUCCCAUUCAUGGAGCUCUUGUAGUGAACGUCGGAGAUCUUCUACAGCUUGUGAGUAAUGACAAGUUUAAAAGUGUUCAACACAGAGUUUUAGCAAAACAUGCAGGUCCAAGAAUUUCAGUUGCAACCCUCUUUAGAACACAACAUGAUCACUCUCCUGAGGGCAUACCAAAAUUGAUUGGACCAAUCAAGGAACUUUUAUCUGAAGAAAACCCACCAAUAUACAAAGACACUUCUUUGAAAGAGUACUUGAAAUAUCGUUUGGCAAGCGGUUUUGGAGCUUCUGCACUAUCCCCUUUCAAGUUGUGACUUAUGAACAAAUUGCAUGCAAUCUUUGUUGGAUAAUUAAUGUUCCUACGUUAGUAAUCAAUUUAGUGCUAAGAGUUUGGUAAUUUUAUUGUUAAGUUCUAGUAAUGCAGACUUGAUGACAUUUUCCUCCUUGUGCUUGCUCAAAGUUCUAGUAAUGGGAACAAAUAAAAUUAUUUGAGCGUA